CAACAACCACAGCCGCAAGACAAUCUGCCCACAACAAAAGCUUCAUUCGCUCCCGACGCCUCGAACCACCUUCACGCCUGACGACGACAUCUUGACUAUACAACCACCACAAACCCCCGGCCCGCCCUCACACAUCUUCCAAGAUGGCUGAUUCUCUUACUGAAGAGCAAGUCUCCGAGUUCAAGGAAGCUUUCUCUCUCUUCGACAAGGACGGCGACGGACAAAUUACUACCAAAGAGCUGGGCACUGUUAUGCGAUCUCUCGGCCAAAACCCUUCCGAGUCUGAACUGCAAGACAUGAUCAACGAGGUUGAUGCUGAUAAUAAUGGCACGAUCGACUUCCCAGAGUUCCUCACAAUGAUGGCAAGAAAGAUGAAGGACACCGAUUCUGAGGAGGAGAUCCGAGAGGCAUUCAAGGUCUUUGAUCGUGAUAACAACGGCUUCAUCUCGGCUGCUGAGCUCCGUCAUGUCAUGACAUCCAUUGGUGAGAAGUUGACAGAUGAUGAGGUUGAUGAGAUGAUCAGAGAGGCCGAUCAAGAUGGUGAUGGCCGAAUUGACUAUAACGAGUUCGUCCAACUCAUGAUGCAGAAGUAGAAAAGUUGCUUUCUUGGGUGCGGUGCGUGUUCCAGGCGAGCGGGUAGACCUUAGUACUUCGAUGGUUGGGCUUGGAAUGGAAUGGAAUGGGGGAUUGAACCAGGCAGCUGGACUGGAGUGAAAUGCUAGAUUUGGGGGAUUGGCCCAG